GCUCGCCGCCGCGGCAGCAGCACGGGAUACUGGGAGCAGCCUCCUGCUGCCCACGCCGCGGGCUUGUGGCGAAGCUCUGCUCGCCCAGUCCCGGACCCUGCAGGGCUGUCACGUUUCAGCAUCUGUAGGUGAAAGCAGCAUGCGUGUUUCAGAUACGUGGAUGGGAACCAGCUCCUGCACUGCCAGUGUGUGUCACGUGACACUUCGAGCUGGGCCAUUCAUUUUGUAGACCAUCCUUCAGAGUUCAUGCAUCUCACCGAGGACACCUGACCUUUUGAAGCUUCAUAAUUCACGACUAGAUGUCACCAGUCUUUCCCAUGUUAACAGUUCUGACCAUGUUUUAUUAUAUGUGCCUUCGGCGUCGAGCCAGGACAGCUACAAGAGGAGAUAUGAUGAACAGCCAUAGGACUAUAGUGUCAAGCAGCCGGACUUCCCCUCUCAAUGCGGAGGUGGUCCAGUAUGCUAAAGAGGUGGUGGAUUUCAGUUCCCAUUACGGCAGUGAGAACAGCAUGUCCUAUACCAUGUGGAAUUUGGCAGGUGUACCAAAUGUCUUCCCAAGUUCUGGUGACUUCACACAGACGGCUGUGUUUCGAACUUAUGGAACAUGGUGGGAUCAGUGUCCUAGUGCGUCCUUGCCAUUCAGAAGAACACCGUCCAGUUUUCAGAGCCAGGACUAUGUGGAACUUACUUUUGAGCAACAAGUGUAUCCCACAGCUGUCCAUGUGCUGGAGACCUACCAUCCCGGAGCAGUCAUCAGAAUUCUGGCCUGUUCGGCAAAUCCCUACUCCCCAAAUCCUCCAGCUGAAGUAAGAUGGGAGAUUCUUUGGUCAGAGAGACCUACGAAAGUGAAUGCUUCCCAGGCUCGCCAGUUUAAACCUUGUAUUAAGCAAAUAAAUUUCCCUACAAACCUUAUACGACUGGAAGUAAAUAGUUCUCUUCUGGAUUAUUACACCGAAUUAGAUGCAGUUGUGCUACAUGGUACUAAGGACAAGCCGCUGCUCUCUCUCAAGACUGCACUUGUAGACAUGAAUGAUCUAGAAGAUGAUGACUAUGAAGAGAAGGACGGCUGUGGAAUGGACGCUCUUAACAAAAAGUUUAGCAGUGCUGCCCUUGGGGAUGGGCCAAAUAAUGGGUAUUUUGAUAAACUACCAUAUGAGUGCAUGCCCAAGAAUAGAAGUUCAUUUAUCUGGAAGAGAUCAGAAAACCGAACCAAACCAAGACCGAAACAAAAAAUCCAACUGUUAAUACUGCUGAUCUCUGGCGUGUGUGGGUUACCUUACUUUCCAUCUUUCUCCUGUACUAAACUCAUUCAACUGAUUCUGAAUCAUCUUUCACUACCAGACCUGUGUAGACUAGCACAGACUUGCAGGCUCCUCCACCAGCAUUGCUGUGAUCCUCUACAGUAUAUCCACCUCAACCUGCAGCCAUACUGGGCCAAGCUAGAUGAUACUUCACUGGAGCUCCUACAGGCUCGCUGCGUUCUUGUCCAGUGGCUUAAUCUGUCUUGGACUGGCAACAGAGGGUUCAUCUCUGUAUCAGGAUUUAGCAGUUUUCUUAAGGUGUGUGGAUCUGAAUUAGUACGCCUUGAGUUAUCUUGCAGCCACUUUCUUAAUGACACUUGCUUGGAGGUUAUUUCUGAAAUGUGCCCAAAUCUACAAGACUUAAAUCUCUCGUCCUGUGAUAAACUGCCACCUCAGGCUUUUGGCCAUAUUGCCAAGUUAUGCAACCUCAAGAGGCUUGUUCUCUAUCGGACAAAAGUAGAGCAAACAGCACUACUGAGCAUUUUGAACUUCUGUGCAGAGCUUCAGCACCUCAGCCUGGGCAGCUGUGUGAUGAUUGAAGAUUAUGAUGUGAUAGCCAGCAUGAUAGGAGCCAAGUGUAAAAACCUCCGAACUCUGGAUUUGUGGAGAUGCAAAAAUAUUACGGAGAACGGGAUAGCAGAGUUGGCUUCUGGGUGUGUUCUUCUUGAGGAACUUGACCUUGGCUGGUGCCCCACUCUUCAGAGCAGCACUGGGUGCUUUGCCAGACUGGCACGGCAGCUCCCAAACUUGCAGAAACUCUUUCUUACAGCUAACAGGUCUGUGUGUGACACAGACAUAGAAGAAUUGGCAUCUAACUGUGUCAGAUUACAGCAACUGGACAUAUUAGGAACAAGAAUGGUAAGUCCAGCAUCCUUGAGAAAACUCCUGGAAUCUUGCAAAGACCUUACCCUCCUUGAUGUGUCCUUCUGUUCCCAGAUUGAUAACAGGGCUGUGUUAGAGCUCAAUGCAAGCUUUCCUAAAGUAUUCAUAAAAAAGAGUUUUACUCAAUGAGUUCAUACCUGUUAUGUCACUGAAAUCAUGAUUUGGUGGCUUUUUUUUUUUUGGUGGGGGUAGCUUUUUUUGUUUGUUUAGUUUUUAUAAUAGUGAGAAUUAAGACGUUUAUAGAAUUUAAAGGAAAAUGUAAAAUUAUCCAUUGAAUCAAGUAAAAAUGUAUAGAAUGCUCUUUAAAAUAUUACAGGCACUUUUCUUUAGGAAUGUAUGAAUCACUGAUGUUAUUUCCCAUUAUGUUGAUCAGUGGUAUGCUUUAAUUAGUAAUUGUAUGUUAAAGGAAUGAUAUGGAAAUAUUCUAAUUUAUUUUGUGGGAAUACUUUGAAAAAUAAAGUCAUCGUCAUAUUUAUGAAAAAUAAAGUUGAUUUUACACAUCUUUCUUUGUAAA